GGGUGCAGGCGUUGAUGCAAAUAUUUUAUUCAACGGGGAUGGGGUGGGGAGGAUUUAUCACAAUGUCUAGUUAUAAUAAAUUUGAUAACAAUGUUAUGAGGGAUACCAUCAUUUUUUGUAUUGUUGGAGAAGGUACAAGUUUUUAUGCUGGUUUUGUGGUAUUUUCUAUCCUUGGUUUCAUGUCCCACCAAACUGGUCUAGACAUAGCCGAGAUUAUCCGUACAGGACCUGGUCUAGCUUUCAUUGCUUAUCCAGAAGCACUUAGUCAGCUACCAAUACCUCAAUUAUGGGCGGUAUUAUUUUUCUUGAUGCUUGUUUUUGCUGCACUGGAUUCAAUGUUUGUUAAUGUGGAAGUAUGCGUAACGGCAAUAACAGAUUUGAUCCCAAAAUCAACUCCAAAACUACGCUUAAUGAUUACAGCAGUCACGUGUUUCCUGAUGUGUUUGGUUAGUUUGAUAUUCACAUCUCAAGCAGGAAUAUAUAUAUAUCAGCUUGUAGAUUGGUAUAUGUCAGCCGUGACUGUCUUUCUAAUAACAGUUCUGGAAGUUAUAAUUAUUGGAUGGAUAUAUGGAGCGGGUCGUUAUUUUGAUGAUAUGGAAAUGAUGCUAGGAAAGCGACCAUUGUUCCUGUUUAAGAUUCUCUGGAAAUUUAUAAAUCCUUUAAUUCUAUCUAUAACUCUUGUAUUUACUCUAGUUCAGUAUCAACCACCCACUUAUGGAGACUAUGUGUAUCCAUCAUAUGCUAGUGCUAUAGGAUGGAUUAUAGCUUUAAUAUCUGCUGUACCUAUACCUAUAUGGAUGAUCCGAGAAUUCAUUACUAGAAAAGGUCCAUGGUUACAGAGAAUAAAAUUAUCAUUUCAACCCAAUGAAAAGUGGGGUCCUGCCAAAGAUUAUAAACUCGCAAUACAAGCUGAUUGUAAGGAACUACAGAGUAUGAAAUCUUGAAAUAGUACCAUAUUCAUUCAGGUACACAAAGACGAUGUAAAAAUAGAAUUGUUGGUUUUCCUUCCACACCAUU